AUGGCUCCUGGCAUUAAAAACACAAAACUUAUACGCUCCUCACCCUAUAUUGCGGGAAAGUGGUUCGAAUCUGCAUCCAAGACUACUUUCAAGGUUACUGAUCCUGCUACCGAUAAAACAAUUGCCGAGCUUCCUGAUCAAACUCCAGAAGAAAUUGACCAUGCUAUCAAAUCCGCUUACGAAGCUUUCAAAACUUACAAGCAUACCAAUGUGUAUGAUCGUGCAAAGUGGUUGAAAAAUUUGCACAGUCUUAUGAUGGAAAACCAGGACGACUUGGCUCGUAUCAUUACUUGGGAGAAUGGAAAAUGUCUUACUGAUGCACUUGGAGAAGUGAAAUAUGCUGCUUCAUACUUUGAAUGGUUUGCAGAAGAAGCCAAGCGCAUGUAUGGACACACAAUUCAACCUUCGGUUCCAUCUAAUAAGGUGAUUACUUUGAAACAACCAAUAGGUGUGGUGGGACUUUUGUGCCCAUUCAACUUUCCUCUGGCUAUGGGAACCCGUAAACUUGCUCCAGCUUUGGCUGCUGGGUGUACGGCAGUUUUGAAACCAGAUGGUCAGACUCCAUUGUCGUCGUUGGCCAUUGCCUACUUGGCUGAACAAGCAGGUUUCCCUGCUGGUACCAUCAAUGUUGUUCUUACUUCCACCAAGAACACUCCCAUGGUGGGAUUGAAGUUCUGCGAAUCGCCCUUGAUCAAAAAGAUUUCUUUCACCGGUUCUACUCGAGUUGGAAAAUUGUUGAUGAAACAGUCGUCUUCCACUCUCAAGAAAUUGUCGAUGGAAUUGGGUGGUAAUGCCCCUAUCGUUGUGUUUGACGAUGCAGACUUGGAUCUUGCCGUACUGCAAGCGGUAGCUUCCAAGUUUAGAUCUUUGGGACAAACUUGUGUCUGUGCCAACCGUAUCUAUGUCCAAAGUGGAAUUUACGAUAAGUUUGCUGAUCAAUUUGCUGAAAAAGUCAAACUGUUCAAGAUCGGCAAUGGUUUUGAAGAAGGUGUCACCCAUGCUUGUCUUGUCAAUGAAUCACUCAUUGAAAAAGUUGAACAACACGCCCAAGAUGCCAUCGACAAGGGAGCCACUGCGUUGGUGAAGGGAGGUCGUUUACCAGAAUUAGGAAAGCAUUUCUACGCACCUACUGUUCUCAGGGACGUUUCCAUUGGUCUGAGAGUUCUUAAGGAAGAAACUUUCGGACCUUUGGCUGCUUUGGUUAAAUUCGAUACCAAAGAAGAAGUUUUGGAACAAUGUAAUGACACCGAAUUUGGAUUGGCAUCGUAUGUGUUUUCCGAAAACUUGGGCACCAUCUGGUACAUGUCGGAGAACAUUGAGGCUGGUAUGAUUUCUGUCAAUACAGGUCUCUUUACCGAUGCUUCUAUGCCAUUUGGAGGAGUCAAGGAGUCUGGAUUUGGCCGUGAAGGAUCGUUAUACGGAAUCGACGACUACACCGUGAUUAAGUCCAUUACGUUAGGAAACGUUUAUAGAUAG